GCCGGAAUGAGGGUGGAGCGGCGACACCGCCCGACCAGGCGGUCCGGUUCACAGACAUGCACUCGCAUGUCGCGCCCCGCCCGCCGGCCGCGAGCCCCGAAGCAUAUUUCCUUGACACUUGCAGCGCAGGCCAUCUUUCCAGCGCCUACCCACCGGACGGAUGGCCCGUUUCGUCGCGUCGCGUCGCGAUGACGGGGUCCCCCUCUGGUGGAAGGGCUGGGGUCUGUGUGCGUCUUUUGGCGCUCGUCUGCGGUUCCAGAUGCUUCGUUGGAUUCUACUCGCGCGUUGCCGGUGUGGGGGUGAACUCGGUGAGUGUGGCGGAUUGGGGUUGGUGAUGAGAUUGACGAGCCAGGGCUGCUCUUUGAAGCCCGGGUGGGAGGGAGCUCGCGCGUUUGCGUCAUGGGCGGGGUUUGCACUUUUGCUGCAUAUUAUUGUUCAAUCGCACACCUACCUACCCUUCCUCGUGAUGCCACCAACAUCCUCUCAAUCACCCACCGAUGAUGCUACUACCUCGAUCGCCCUCACCAACGCCCCCGCCGUAGCAGCAUGGCGCAUGCCCACCAACGAUAUCGUCUACCUCGGCCAAAAAGGCACCGCCCGCAUCGGCCUCGACAUCCGCCUCUCGGCCCGCACAGCCCUCAUUGACCUCCGCGUGCCCAUCGGAUUCCAAAACAGCACAGCCUACACGACGCUGCACCUGGUGAUCCCGCCCUCGCGCAUCUCCCACCUAAGCUCAACAAACACAAUCCCUACCGCGGUCAAAGAAACCUUCCUACACGGCCGCACCUGCACCUCCGACCACGACAUCCUAGGUCUCGCCUUCGUGCUCUCUACAGCCGGAGACCUCGUGGCGCCGGCCGCGGGGCUGGGCGUUCCGCGCAGCAGGAAAGCGGACGAGAUGCUUACGCUGGUAAAGGCGCUUGGGACGGCACGCGAGUUCGAGAUAUACGUGCCGCGGGCGAGCCUGGCGGAGGCGCAGGCGCGGGCGCUGUGCGAGGUGGUGUGCGGCGGGCGGGUCGUGGAUGAUGGGCUGGUGCUGGAGCGGCUGUAUGGCGGGGCUGGCGGGGCGGUUGUGCCGCUCGAGGAUCCGGACCAGGUGGUGAGUGGUAAUGCGCCCCUGCCGCCGCCGGCGUACGAGGAUGUGGCUACUGGUACGGAGGGGGAGAGCUCGCGGCCGGGCAAGCGGCGCAGGCUCAACGACGCCGACGACGGGCAAGGCAGCGUGGAUGAGAAGACCACUGAGUCGCUGGACGAAAAGCCCGGCAGCAGUAGCGGCACCAUGGAUAUCAACGCGCUAGCGGCCGUAGUGCUCUCUCUGCAAGCGCGCGUGAAGCAGCUCGAAGGCGAGCGCGCCACAGCUCCCACACCCGCAGUCGUACGCAGCACGCGCACAACAGGCACGCAGACGGAGCCCAACCCCAACCCCGACGUCGAUGCGCUCGAAGCCCUCGCCACCAACACGACGGCCCAUAUCGCCCAGCUCCGCCACGACAUCUCGACGCAAGCAGCCGCGUACGCGACGGCCCUCCGCGACCUGACGGCGCAUCUCGAGGGCAGCGUGGCCGAUAUGCAGUACCAGUGCGGGCAGGAGGCGGACGCGGGCCUGGACCGCCUGGACAGCGAGUGGCAGGAGCGGCUGACGGGCAUUCAGCUCGAGAUGCAGGACUUUGUGACGCAGGAGAUGGAGGAGGUCGAGGGGCGGAUUAAGCGCGAUUUCGAGGCUGGACGGGCCGUGCUGAGGGUGGAGUGGGAUGAAUGAAUUGCUCAGUAGACUCCCUCCUCGACGGAGCUAAACAUAAAUCUGCGUAGCCUUUCGCCAAC